CGAAAACCGAUCUCGCGGCGGCGAUGAGCCACCGCUUGUCCCAGGCGGCGCGACACACGCAGGAGCUGCUCCAAGACCUCGAGCGCGACAAAGAGCUCGAUGUGAUCCGUGUCUACCUCACGCGCCUCAACUUGUUUCCACGGCAGCGGGAUCCGAAAACGGCGCCGAUUCGCAGCGAAGAGCUCCGGGACUUGGCCAAGCACUGGAAGCUCCAUCGACAGCGCAAUUUUUGGAAAAACCACACGACAAAGGAAGACCUCGUGCGCACGCUGUACAAGCACAUUAACACCAAAGUGCUGCCGAACGAGAAGAACCCGCUGCCGCUCCAGCCCGAACCGCCGUUGACGCCGACGCCGCCGUUGAUGGCCCCCGUGGCGCCGUCGCCGACACGGCCGUACAGCGCGGGGACGACUGAGAGUCCUGUGAAACGCCGCGUCUCGCGCUUCAACACAAUGCCUGAUGCGAGAGGCGGUCGCGUCGACCAGGCGCUCGACCCGUACGGCGGUGACCUCUUUGGCCAGCGCGGCGACUACAACAGCGGUAUGAUCUACGUCUCGCGCCUCGCCAAGCCCGAGAAGCCGUUGGCUGUCGAAGCGGAGCUGCAGAACCUCCUGGACCAAAACAAGCCGGCGACGCUCGCCCCCGAGAUGGAGACGCUGGAUGAAGACGCGGCGCAGCGGGAGAAGCGCUUGAUGGCCGAGUGCGCGUGCAGUCUCUACCAGCUCACGCUGGAGCCGGGGCACGAGAAUAGCAUCGUCCUCGAAGGAUGCAUCCCGGCCAUUGUCCAGUUGUGCAACUACGACGACUUGGACGUGAAGAAAUUUUGCUCGGCGACCAUUGUCAACGUCUCGGUGGACCCUAGCCUCUGCCCGCGCAUGAUCGAAGAGGGCGUCUUGGCCGGUCUCAUGGAGCUCGCCAAAGUGCAGCAAGAAGAUAUUCGGCGGAACGCUGCGAUUGGCAUUUGCCGCAUCUCGUACGAGCGCCAAGGCCAACACCGACUCAUCCAAGAAGGCUCGGUGCCGGCGCUCAUCUCGAUGCUCAACAACACGGACUUUGAAACGAAAGAGGCGUGUGUCAAGACGCUCGUCAACAUCGCGUCCUUUUCCGGGGGUAACGUCUCCGAGUCGGUCAUUUCGACGGUCAUUCGCAUCGCAGCCAAGAAAGACGCGGCGUACGACCGCUUCAUCAUCGAAACGAUCUGCAACCUCUCGCUGCUCACGGGCUCACGCAUGAAGGCGCCGGACGAUGGCAUCCUCGAUCCCAUUCCUCUGAUUACGCAAUCGUGUCACGACCCACGCGUCCAAACCAUGAUUGCCAUGGCGCUGAGUAACUUUUCGGGCAUCGACACCAACCACCACUUGCUCACGACGCCGUCGCUUUUGCUCGCUCUCGAUACGCUUCUUGCGCUCGACGACGAUGCGAUCAUCGAGAUGGCGACGACAGCGAUCGCCAAUCUCUCGACGACCCGCGACGCGAUCGUCAUGCUCGCCGAGAGUCCUCUGCCACCCCGGCUCAUCGCCACCGGGUACAACCCCAAGCGCGCAAUUCAAGAAAAUGUGUCCCUCGCGAUUGCCAACAUGGCGCUGAGCGACGAAGCGCACCGGCUGCUGCUCAUGCGCCACGGACUCGUACCGCUUCUCAUGCAGCUCUUCACCGAGAGUUCGAUCCCAACACAGUACAAUGCGAUGGUGGCGCUGUGUACGCUCAUGGAGCAUGCGCCGUCGCGCGCCGAGAUCAUCUCGCGCGACGUGCUUCAUUAUGUGAUUGCACUAGCGACGACCGGCGAGCCCAAGCUCCGCGAACUCUGCGCGAUCGGCCUCUUCAACUUUAGCUGCUACGAAGACUUUGCACAAUACGCGCUCUUGCCAACCAUUCUCGACCCAAUGAUCACGCUCUUUACAUCAUCGAAUCUCGCGGUCGCCCCGAAAGAAGAGAAGGACCCGACGAUUGCGCUCAGCUUCAUCCAGGAGCAGUGUCUGCACUUCUUCUACAACCUCUCGUUUUACCCAAGUAGCCGGCUCGUGCUCGUCCAAGCAACUUGUGUCGCGGCGUGCGUCGCCGUCUUCCGUAAAGUCGCGAAAACCCCGGAGCUCAACACCCGCGUGGCCGCCACAAUCGCCAACCUCUCGUUCUGCGCCGACGCCCACGCGCAAAUGCUUCAGGACGACGUGCUCAAGCUCCUUCGGCGUCUCUCCGCGUCGUCGGCAGCGACCAAGGACCUUCAGCUGGCAAGUGCCACCGCGCUCUGCAAUCUUGCGAUACCGGGUCUCAUUCACUCGGGCCAAGCGAUUUUGAAUCUGCUCAUCGACCUUUCGCACACGCCACACGCCGACAUUGCGCUCGUGUGCUCCUUGGCCUACUCCAAGGUCGCGGCCGACGCGUCAUUGCGCGACGCACUCGCCAAGUGCGUCGAACUGCCGCCGACACUGGUGGUCAUGAUGCGCUCCGGCAUCGAAGAGAUUCAGAUCCACUGUGCGGCCGCGCUCUGUGGCAUGGCCUGCGAGCGCGGCGCAAAAACCAACAAGCACAUGUGGAAGGAAGGGACGGUCUCGGACUUUAUUGUCAACUCACUUCUGCGCAUCAACAGCGACUCGACCAAGGUCGUGUGCGCCAAAGUGCUCUUUAACGUCCUCGCGCACGACGACUGCCGCCUCGCCAUGAUCAAAGACGGCGUGUUGUACGCGCUCAUCAAGCUCGCGCGCCUCGAAAGCGUCGAGAUUCGCAUCCUCUGUGUCACCGCGCUCUACAACCUCUCGAGCGACCCGAGCAUGGUGCCGUCGCUCAUGGAAGCCAACGUGCCCCACGUCGUCUCGAAGCUCUGCGACUCGGACUUUAAGCAUGAAGAGAGCCGGCGCAAGCUCUCGGCGUGCCUCACCAACAUGGCGCUCUCGCCGGGCAUGGAGAUCAAGCUCAUGGAAGGUGGCGUGCUCAACGCAAUCCUCGCGCUCUGCGAGCACGGCGACAGCGACUGCCUGCGCUACGGCGCGUCCGUGCUCUGCUCCGUCUCGAUGCAGCCCGCGAAUUGCGACGGCCUCGCCUCGAGCGCGGCCCUCGACGUCCUCAAGCGCAUGGUGUGCUCAAAAGACCCAUCGAUGGUGCUCUUUGCCGCCAACGCGCUCUGCAACGUCGCGUGCGGGAGCCAUCUCCACGAAAAGAUUGAGGAGGCCGAGCUCAUCAGCGCCAUGCUUCACGUCGUAAGCGAAGCCAACGAAGACGAGGGGAUCAUCCUCACGAGCGCCAAGUUUCUGUGCAAUAUGACGCAGCAGGCCAAGCACCGCCCGGCGCUCAUGAAGCACCACUUUAUCCGCACGUUCAUUCGCGUCUUUGGCAACCGCCUUCUCUACACCAGCGUCGCCGAUGUGUGCGCACGCAUUGUGUGCACGCUCUCGGAAGCGCCGUCGCUGCUAGAUGCGAUGGUGGGGGAAGGUGCGGUGCAGCUACUGCGCAUGGCGACGAUCGACGCCACUCCGACGACGAUCGAGCACUGCGUCGUGUCGCUCCUUCGGCUCUCGCGCGGCGGCCACAGCGGCACGCGUAUCUUGGACGACGGGCUCUUUGACAUUCUGUGUGCUGCAGUCCCGAUGGGCGAUAAAAAAGCGUCGCCCGAGAUGACGGAGCGCUGCUCGAUGAUCCUGCGAACGCUCUCGACGUACGCCAUGUGCAUCCCCCAAAUGAUUCAGGACAAGCGGUUGCACCCGCUCAUUCAUGCACUCGCGGCGCCCGGCGACAAGGAAACCACCAAGAACUGCGUCAUGCUCCUCCACAACUUGACAGCCGCCCGCGACCACUCGUUUCAGCGCAACGUCCGCGUCUCGGGGGUCAUUCCGCUGCUGAUUCGCCUCGCGCGGUUGAGCGCGCACGAGGAGGUGCGGAUCUGCGCCGUCGCGCUCGCGCACAUCAACUGCGAGCUCUCGGAAGCCGACCGGAACGAGAUCGAGGCGUACGAGCCCGGUGUCGUGGCGACCAUGAUCUCGAUGCUCGACAUGGAUCCGCCGGCGAUGCAGCGCGCCGAGAAGGUCGCGACAACGAUGCCGCUGCUGCUGCAUUGGGCGCCGAAAGAGAAAGAGUGGGCCUUUCUGCAAGGCGAGAACGACAAGGCAAGUCACCUACCGCAGACGAUUCCGGUGGCGUGGACGCUACGGGACGACCCUGUCGACGCGGCGACACUCGUGCCGCACGAGCCGAGUAGCUUCUUGAGCUGUCUGCCGCAGCAACACUGCGAGUUUACAUCGACGAUCAAGGACGCGCUGUUUGGCUCGUUCCAGAUCCUGCAAGUGAGCAGCCAGAAGAGCCGCCUCAAGGCGCCGACGCGCCUCGCGCACAUGUCGGUGGGCUCUGUCUUGCGCGCGGUAGACAUUGCAGCGCUGGCGCCGGCCACCGAACUCAAACCCAAGACACCGACACCGCCACCGUCCGCGGAAACGGCGUCGGCAAGCCGCGGCGACGGCUCGAAAGAGGAGAGUCCCCGCAAGCCCAGCAUCGCGACAACCAAGAAACUGAGUCAUCGCGCAACAAGCAAGAUGACCAAGCCAAGCUCCCGCAGCAUCGGUAGCAUGGGUCUCAGCCACAAAAACUCGGUCACCGAGUGCCUCCCUCCCAUUCUAUGACGCUUCUUUAGUACAUUAUUCAUCUUGGUUUCGACGACAA